ACGCAUACCAAGUAUAGGAUGCUUAUGGUUGAUUACAUCAUUCACGCCUUAGCCAAUGAUCAUGGCGUGAGCUGCUCUGAAUAGUAGUUUCAACAUCCACUUGGACACCCGAGUCGCAGUCAGAAAUAUCAAGCUUGAAUGUUACCACAACUCUUCACUAUCGAGACCACGUGAGUCUAAGUUACAAUAUGGAAACGCCUCACGAUGAGCCAUCAAUAACACCGGCGAUGGUAUCCUUUGGGAAGCAAAUGCGCCAAGCUCACUUCAACUUUGCUCCUUCGUACACUCCGCUAAACCACGGAUCCUUCGGAUCUUUCCCCUCGUGUGUUAGAGAGCAUCAGCUGCGGCUGCAGCGCGAAACGGAGGAGAGGCCAGAUACAUUCAUACGUUUUGUAUAUCCUGAACUUCUGCGGGAAGCAAGGGAAGCUGUUGCCCCGCUCUUGGGAGCAGAGACAGACGAAGUUGUUUUUGUCCCUAACGCAUUGACGGCAAUCAAUACCGUCCUGAGGAACCUGGCCUAUCGCGAUGGCGACGUCAUAGUAUAUUUUAGUACGAUAUACGACGCAUGUCACAAGACGGUCCAGUCUCUAGAAGAGACUACCGGAGUUAGGGGACAUUGCGUUGAGUUAGUAUACCCGCUUGAGGAUAAAGAAAUCCUCGAUAAGUUUCGCUCCGCAAUCCUCGAGGUCAAGAGCCACGGCAAAUCGGUUAAGCUGGCUUUGUUUGACACUGUCCUCACCUUUCCUGGAGUACGUUUCCCGUGGGAAAAACUUGUGCCCAUAUGCAGAGAAUAUGAAAUUCUGAGUUGCAUAGAUGGUGCGCAUGGGAUAGGCCAUAUCGAUUUGCGACACACAUCUCGUGUUGGACCAGAUUUCUUCAUUACCAACUGCUAUAAGUGGCUUAUGGUACCACGUGGAUGCACGGUGCUCUACGUACCUUAUCAAAAUCAGACUCUAAUUAAGACGUCCUACCCCACCGGCGAAGGCUAUCAACCAGUCGAAUCCAGAACGGAGACGUCUGAGAGAAACUAUUUUGUCAAGUUGUUUGAAAAAGUAUCCACCAUUGAUACUACUCCGUACAUCUGUGUGACAGAAGCACUUAAAUUCAGAGACCAAGUUUGCGGCGGCGAGGAGAACGUGCGCAAGUACGGCGUGAACCUGGCCAAAGAAGGCGGCGAAUUGAUGGCGGCGAUCAUGGGAACAGAAGUUCUCGAGAACCGAGCGGGAACUCUUCGAGAUUCUUUCUUCACUAACGUGAGACUACCCUUGGACGUAGUAGCAGAAAGACCACAGGAGAAACAUACGGGUCAAGUUCUAGCCCGAGAUGGGCAAGCAAUAGCUGAUUGGAUUACGAAAAUGACUGUGGAAGAAUACGAGACGUUCAUAGCGACGAGAUUCUACGCCGGCGCGUUCUGGGUUAGGAUCUCCAGCCAAAUCUAUCUCGACCGCUCGGAUUUCGAGUGGGCUGCUAAUGUUUUGCUUGAGCUUUGCGGUCGUGUAAGGGGAGGUAUACGACCGCCAAAGCAGAGCAAAAUGAUGAUAGCCUAAUACUGACAAACAGGAGGCUUCGCUAUAAAUG